UGUAAAAGCAGCUCGAGCCUCAGUCGCGCACUGGCAGCAUGGCAGGAGACAGCGACAGCAAGCUGGACAAUCACGCCGAAAACGAGCAUGUGGACUGGCAACCUUUCCUCAUCGGGGUAGCCGGCGGCACUGCCAGCGGCAAGUCAUCAGUUUGUGGGAAGAUAAUGGAGCUGCUGGGCCAGAAUAAGAUCGACCAUCACCAGAGGCAGGUGGCCAUCCUCAGUCAGGACAGUUUCUACAGGGUAUUGACCCCUGAACAGAAGGCUAAAGCUCUGAAAGGACAAUUUAACUUUGACCAUCCAGAUGCGUUUGAUAAUGAGUUGAUAGUCAAAACCCUGUGUGAAAUCAUGGAGGGAAGAACGGUGCAAAUUCCAGUCUACGACUUUGUCACACAUUCAAGGAAAGAAGAAACGGUCACUGUUUACCCAGCAGACGUGGUUUUAUUUGAAGGCAUCCUCAUGUUUUAUUCGCAAGAAAUCCGCGAUCUGUUUCAGAUGAAGCUGUUUGUGGAUACAGAUGCAGAUACACGUCUGUCCCGCAGAGUCCUGAGAGACAUCAGUGAGAGAGGCCGUGACCUGGAGCAAGUGCUAAACCAGUACAUAACAUUUGUUAAGCCUGCCUUUGAGGAGUUCUGUCUGCCAACAAAAAAGUAUGCUGAUGUGAUCAUUCCAAGGGGAGCUGAUAAUCUGGUUGCGAUCAAUCUGAUAGUUCAGCACAUCCAGGAUUUUUUGAAUGGUGGCUUAACCAAACGCUUGAACGGAUGUCUCAACGGCCACACACCCCGAAAACGGCAUCCGUCAGAGUCCAGCAGCAGGCCGCAUUGACCCGAUCUCCACCACUAUGUCAGGGAAUAUAUGUCUGAAGGACGGACGGAUGGAUGGAUUGCUUGAGCAUUCUGUUAAUUAGCCAACACUGUAUAUGACGAAAACAAACAAAAAAAUAAUAAUCAAGAAAGAAUUUCAAAGACUGCCUUUGCUUUAACUCUGCUUUCUUUUGUUUUGGACUGACUACACUUGACAUUUUAUGGAGUUUCAAAGCUUUUGCGAUUUGUUAAAGGUCAAAACGGAUAUUUCCUCUAUUUAUUUUGCCAUUUUUAUUUUUUGUACCUCUUUAAGACCUCUUGUACCUCUUUUGUUGCGUAAAAGGGGGGAAAUGCAGAUAAUUAAAUAUAACAUGACUCUGUGAUAACGAGGAUUGAAUAUUAAGUUAUUGUUUAUUUUAUACCUGUAGAUCUUUUUAAUAUCAGAAACGACUACAUUUGCAAAUUUAUUUAAAUACAAUUUUAUUUUUUGCAUCACUAAAAUGCUCUUCGGAGGCCAAAAACGAUUGUUUUAAAUUCACUUUGUUUAUUUUGUCUUGGUUAACAAGGUUUUAAUAUUCUGGCAUUAUUUAUAUAAAUCUGUAAUAUCAGUGUUUCAUGCAGAGAUAAACAUUUAUUCCUCCGCUUAACUUGAACCAUUCAGGCAGUGUUGCUAUGUCACAACAGGCCUCUCAGGGUGUAGUUAUUAAAAAUAACAACCAUAAGACUAUUUUUUACAGUAUGCAGAAGACACCUCUAAAUUAGAAAGGGAACUAACUGAACAAUUUGUGAAUGUGGUCCAUUUUAUGCACAUGUAUCACACUCCGAUAUGAAAAAAAUCGAAGUGAUCUUUAGUAUAACACUGAUUAUUUACAAAGAAGACAAUUGAUCCUCAUUAAACAUGGUCAUGUACUUUAAAAUCAAGCUCAGUGGUUGAUUGUGCAGUAUGAAAUAUGAUCUGUUUGUCAAGAGAUUUAUGUUCAUAUACUAUGCACUGUACCCUUGACUCUAAUAAUGCAAAUUGACACUCAGUUCAUGACUCUCUUUAAUUAGAUUACUUGAAAUGAAAUCUCAGAGUUUCUUCAUCCUGUGAUUUGUUGGCUUUUAAACUGAUUGAACCAUUAUGCCACCUGUGUUUUGUGACCUUUUUUAGGCUACCCAUAGAAAAUACACCAUGAUGCCACUUUGGUCAGUCUUUGACAGCUCGCCAAAGAGUUAAUUUUAGUGUUUUUCAACACUUUCGCAAUUUAAGCGGUUUAAUUUUCAUACAUUUUCUGUGUAUCUUAAAUGGACUAACUUUAAUUCUGUCAAAUUUACUCUGACAUGCGCUAUAGGCGAAUUGAAUAAGCUAAAUUGGCUGUAGGGUAUGUGUGUGAAUGAGAGUGUAUGGAUGUUUCCCAGUGAUGUGUUGCGGCUGAACUGGAAGGGCAUCCGCUGCGUAAAUUACAUGCUAGAUUAGUUUGUGGUUUAUUCCACUGUGGCAAGCCACUGAUUAAUAAAGGGACUAAGCUGAAAAGAAAAUUAAUGAAUGUUGUUCUGUUGAUCAGAAAAGAAGAUAUUCAGAAGCAUGUUGAAAAUCUGUAACCCUUGACUUCCAUAGUAUAGGUUUUCCCUACUAUGGAUGUCAGAGGUUACAAGUUUGCAACAUUCUUUAAACUAUCUUCUUUUGUGUUCAACAGAAUAAACUCAAACUGGUUUGGAACAAGUCAUGGGUGUGUAAAUGAUGGCAGAUUUUUUUAUUUUUGUUUUGGUGAAUUAUCCCUAUAAAGCUACAAAAAAAGCACUUAUUCAUGUGAACCAGAACACUCCAACCUUUAAACCUGACUGUAAAAUUUCCCUUUGACCUCAAAAUUGAUUAAUCGUUGAUCCAUGAACUAUUCCUGUUCAGCAUAUUUGUAUUGUAUUUAUUUUCUGGUUGGCUGCAUUCAGAUUGCUGCUAUGAUACAGGGUGACACAUUUUAUCUGAUGUAAAAAAAAUAUGACAAGUGAUCAAUUAUUCAGUAUGUAAAUAAUUAUUUGAUGGGCUUUUAUUUUAUUUUUACUCAUUUAUUAAGAGUUGUCUACAGUUCUGUCUGAGCCAGAUGCAAACAUAUUAAUAAUACCUUUUUUUCUGACAUGAAUGCUUAUUUGGUUGUCAGAGGCGCUCUGCUUCUUUGGUCAAAAUUCUGUGCCAUCACAAUAUUCUCUUGGUAUGUUUUAGUUAUAGACUUAUUUUCAUGACGAAUCUCUUUCCAUGUUACAUGAGCUAAACAGCAUUGUAAAUAUUACUUUUUUAAACAACACUUGGUAACUCAAACAUCCUGGCUGUUGAACACAAGAUACUCAACCAGAGGCUUUUGAUAUAUAUAUUAGCACAGAUUUAAACACCAGCUUUUACAAAUGCAGUACACUUUACAAGCAAUCAUUUUCACACAACCACACAUAAGCCCUGGAUAAAUUCAGGACUUCAUAACCGUUAUCAUUUCAACUCGCACACUCCGUGUGUGACCCUACUUGACUGAAAAUGAUGCAAAAUACUCCACUUUGUUUCGUUUUACUUCAAUUUACGGGAUUCCAAAGAUGUAAACUGUUGUUAUCAUUUAAUGUGAAGUUAUUGUUUUUUGUUCCCACCCUACUGUCUGUAAUUCCGUGACAACUAUGUGACAACCUAUAUGUAUUUAUGUUAAUAUUUGACAUUGUCUGGAGGCUUUUGGAAGGGAUUUCAGAAGUAUGGUGUUCUGCAUGAUGUAUUAUUAUAUGUUCAGUUAUUGAUGCCUUUGAGUUUUGGUGCUUGCAAAAUGGGUGCAAAAUGCAAAGAGAGCCAAAACCAAUAUAAAACCAGAAAAGGUUGCAUGCUUGUGUUGUAGGACCAAACAACAACAGUUGCAAGGCUUUAAACGGCGUUUCUGUGACAUUGCAAUGAUUAUAAACUGCGCCUGAUCUUGAAAUGAAGCUGGAAAUAGGUGUCCAUGAUUACUGUACCAUCAUGUAAAUGCGUAAACAAUCGCAGAAGGUUGUAUAACAAAGCGAUUGACAGCAAAGCUGAAUAAAAUAAAGGUUUUUGUACUCCUC